AUGGACACUAUAAAAGCAGAAUCACAGUCCCAUCGGAUCCCCUUCAAAAUGGGUGAUAAAGGUGAUGCAGAAACAUUUGAUGAUGCAGUGGAAGAAAGAGUUAUCAACGAGGAGUACAAGAUCUGGAAGAAAAACACUCCGUUUUUAUAUGAUCUGGUAAUGACCCACGCUCUAGAAUGGCCAUCUCUGACUGCCCAAUGGCUUCCAGAUGUGACCAGACCUGAAGGAAAAGAUCACUCAAUUCACCGGUUGAUUCUGGGCACCCACACCUCCGAUGAACAAAACCAUCUAUUAAUUGCUAGUGUUCAGUUGCCAAAUGAAGAUGCUCAGUUUGAUGCUUCACAUUAUGAUAAUGAAAAAGGAGAGUUUGGAGGAUUUGGUUCUGUAUCAGGUAAGAUUGAGAUUGAAAUAAAAAUCAAUCAUGAGGGGGAAGUCAACAGAGCAAGGUACAUGCCCCAGAAUCCUUGUGUCAUUGCCACCAAAACACCUUCCAGUGAUGUGCUGGUCUUUGACUACACAAAGCACCCAAGCAAACCAGAUCCCAGUGGAGAAUGCCAUCCAGACCUACGUCUCAGAGGCCACCAGAAGGAAGGAUAUGGCCUCUCCUGGAACCCCAAUUUGAAUGGUUAUUUGUUAUCAGCCAGUGAUGAUCAUACCAUUUGUUUGUGGGACAUCAAUGCCACACCCAAAGAGCACCGUGUGAUUGAUGCUAAGACAGUAUUCACAGGACAUACAGCCGUCGUUGAAGAUGUAGCCUGGCAUCUGUUGCACGAGAGCCUUUUCGGCUCGGUUGCAGACGACCAAAAACUGAUGAUUUGGGAUACCAGGUGCAACAACAUCAGCAAGCCAUCGCAUACGGUAGACGCGCAUACUGCCGAGGUGAAUUGCCUCAGCUUCAACCCCUACUCAGAAUUCAUUCUAGCCUCUGGUAGUGCCGACAAGACGGUAGCACUGUGGGAUCUGAGAAACUUGAAGCUGAAGCUCCACAGCUUUGAAUCACACAAGGAUGAAAUCUUCCAGGUACAGUGGUCGCCGCACAACGAGACUAUUCUGGCGUCGUCUGGAACCGAUAGAAGAUUGCACGUCUGGGAUUUGAGCAAGAUUGGGGAGGAGCAGAGCCCCGAAGACGCCGAAGAUGGGCCUCCGGAGUUGCUCUUCAUCCAUGGGGGGCACACUGCGAAGAUAUCCGAUUUCAGUUGGAACCCCAAUGAGCCGUGGGUGAUCUGUUCCGUGUCCGAAGACAAUAUCAUGCAAGUCUGGCAGAUGGCGGAGAAUAUUUAUAAUGAUGAAGAACCCGAGCAGCAAGCUUCUGAUAUCGAGGCGGCAGCUAGUUAA